CGGAUGAAAGCAUCCCUUCCCAAUCAAGUGUAAAGUACAGCGCCGUUAUACCGUCAAUGCCUAGACAAUACAUUUGCUGACUUCGUACCAACUAUUCAUCCAUGUCAUUGUAUUUACGCCUUCGAGUCGGAACACUGCUCUUAGCCAUACCAAUAAAUGAGAUAUACCCUGGCGAUCAACGUUGCGCUUGCGGACUUGGCGGUCGGUCCACAAAUCGGACGUUUGAGAUACCCCGGAUCCAUACUUUGCGGUCCGCCAUGCUCGAACAAAGAUGACAAACCUACUUGUGCUUGGGUGAUAUCACCGUCUGAAAUUUCAAACGCUCGUACUCGCGAAUGUUCCUUGAGCGUACUAUUUAUGAGGACUGUCGGACCCUACAGUCUGGAUGUAGUAAACCUAACGAUCUCUUCCAACAUCACUUACGUUCUACUCAAGUUAUUCAUCAACGAUCGAACUCAUCAAAUCAGAACACAUCACCAACAAGUAAAAAAUGUCUAGCACGACCUCUUCAGCUGAGCCGUGGUCCUUGAAGGGCAAGACUGCCAUCGUCACCGGAGGCUCCCGAGGUAUCGGUAGCGGAAUUGCCGUACACUUUGCCCGCAAGGGCUUGGAAAACCUCGCCAUCACGUAUGUGGCAAACAAGGCCGCUGCCGAUAGUACUCUCGCGCAAUGUCGAGAACUGGGUGUCAUGAAUGCCGUGGCCAUCAAAGCGGACUCAACAGAUCCCACAAUCGCCCCAAAGAUCAUCAAGGACGCCUUGAACGGACUGAAGGUUACGACUAUUGAUAUUCUGGUCAACAAUGCGAUUCUCGCCGACAUCACCAACACCUCGGACGUCAAGACGCUCCAGGCCAAGGACUUCAACGACAUCAUGGUCGCAAACGUCUACACUCCCGUCAGCCUGACGACUGCUUUCAUGGAGCACGCCCCCAAGUAUGGUGGUCGCGUCAUCAAUAUCUCCAGUAUUGCCGGCAGAGUGGGCAACCCGAGCCCGAUCAUGACAUACGGAGCCACGAAAGCCGCGCUCGACAGCUUCACGAGGUCUUUUGCAGACACUUUUGCCGCAGAGAAGGGAAUCACUUUCAACAGCGUCGCAGUUGGGCCCACGGAGACUGAUGCGCUCGCUAAGGCGAGGGAACUGCAUGCGGAGUUCAUUGACAAGCAGAUCGAGUAUAUGACUGUGGGUCCACGUCUUGGGAACACUGACGAUAUCGCCUAUAUUGUGGGGUUCCUUGCGAGUGAGGAGGGACGUUGGGUCAACGGAGCAGCUGUUAGCGCAAACGGUGGGCAUCGCCAAACUCUUGCGCAUUUUGGCUGAUUUUACGGCGCAAUUUGUCGGAUCACCUGUAUAGACGUUUCCGAUAGAGAGUGUGGAUGAACCACAUUACAUGUAC